AUUUCUACGUUCGUUGUUUCGAACUCACUUCCCUCUCACAUCACACCCUUCUUUCCAACAUAAAUUUAAUGAAUGAAUCCACAUGCGAUGUCGAUUUAAUCUGUCACAAAGUUUCCCUUUCCUUUCGCCCUAUACUCUCAUACACACCCAAUAAUAAUUUUCUGUUAUUCCAUUUUUAAAACCACUGAAUCAAAUCUAUUUAUUUCUCCGCCUCUCUUCACCAGCCACAUUUCUCUCUUCUCUGCUGGCUUUGGCUUUUCAAGGGAAAUAUGACAGAAUCAAAACCAGACACACCCUUGUUGCCGCCAUCGUCGCAGAUCCUUCCCGACUUCAAAAAAUCUGUUAAAUUGAAAUAUGUGAAGCUUGGCUAUCAUUACCUAAUAACCCAUGCCAUGUACCUCUUCCUUUCCCCACUUGUUGUGUUAAUUGCUGCACAACUCUCCACUUUCUCACUCAAAGAUGUCUAUGAUAUUUGGGAAAAUCUACAAUACAACCUUGUAUCUGUCAUAAUUUGUUCGACCCUCCUUGUAUUUUUAUCGACCCUAUACUUUAUGACUCGUCCGAGGCCGGUGUACCUUGUCAAUUUCUCAUGUUACAAGCCUGAAGAAUCUAGGAAAUGCACAAAAAGAAUAUUUAUGAAUCACUCCAAGGCAAGUGGUUUCUUCACAGAGGAAAACCUUGAAUUCCAGCGAAAGAUUCUCGAGAGAUCUGGGCUUGGGGAAAAUACUUACCUUCCAGAGGCUGUUCUCAGCAUUCCUCCCAACCCUUCAAUGAAAGAAGCUAGGAGAGAAGCUGAGGCAGUUAUGUUUGGUGCUAUCGACGAGCUAUUUUCCAAGACGUCGGUGAAGCCUAAAGACAUUGGAAUUCUGAUUGUGAAUUGUAGUCUCUUCUGUCCCACUCCGUCGCUUUCUGCAAUGAUCAUCAAUCACUAUAAGCUUAGAGGUAACAUAAAGAGCUACAACCUUGGUGGGAUGGGAUGCAGUGCAGGGAUUAUUUCGAUUGAUCUUGCUAAAGAGCUUCUCCAGGUUCAUCCUAACUCGUACGCAUUGGUUGUUAGCAUGGAGAACAUCACAUUGAAUUGGUAUCCUGGGAAUGAUCGCUCCAAACUUGUUUCAAAUUGUUUGUUCCGAAUGGGAGGGGCUGCAAUUCUACUUUCAAAUAAGGGCUCCGACAGGAGAAGAUCCAAAUACCAAUUGGUCCACACCGUUCGCACUAACAAAGGUGCUGAUGACAAGUGCUUCAGCUGUGUUACACAAGAAGAAGAUGAAAAUGGUAAAGUUGGUGUCACUUUAUCGAAAGAUCUUAUGGCAGUUGCGGGCGAUGCUUUGAAAACAAACAUCACCACACUGGGGCCUCUUGUCCUACCAACAUCCGAACAGCUUCUGUUCUUCGGCACUUUAGUUGGAAAGAAACUAUUCAAGAUGAAGAUCAAGCCUUAUAUUCCAGAUUUCAAGCUAGCUUUCGAACAUUUCUGCAUUCAUGCCGGUGGAAGAGCUGUUUUGGAUGAGCUGGAGAAAAACUUGAAGCUAUCUCCUUGGCAUAUGGAGCCGUCAAGAAUGACGCUCUAUCGUUUUGGAAACACCUCGAGCAGUUCACUUUGGUACGAAUUGGCUUACACAGAAGCCAAGGGAAGGAUCAAGAAAGGAGAUAGAACAUGGCAAAUAGCAUUCGGUUCUGGAUUCAAGUGCAACAGUGCAGUAUGGAAGGCUCUCAGGACAAUCAAUCCUGCGAAAGAGAAGAACCCUUGGAUUGAUGAGAUCCACCAUUUUCCGGUUGAUGUUCCAAGGAUUUCUGCCAUUUAAAUGUUGCAGUUUAAGAUUGUUAUUUUGUAUGUAUCAUCAACAUUAGGUGGUAGCUGUUGAACUGGUGGACACGGACCAGUGUUAGGUCGGUCAUGCUUGAAGGUUAGGUUUUGUUAAUUCGAUUUAGUCACAGGUCUCGUGCAUGAGCUUUGGAGUGCUGAGUUUUGCAGAAAUUUAUUGUCUUGUGGUAGUGAUGUGUGUUAGAGCAUCUGAAAUGUAAUCCAAACCUAAUUCGUGAUUUGUUUGGUACCAUUGCAGCUAUGUGUUGCAAAUUCUUUCUAUCGAAAUGGAAAAAUUCAUAUAUUCUUUUAGGUAUUUGUGAUUAUUACUUGAAGAA